GUGAGGAUGAAAGAUGUCGAGUCACUCGCCUCAAACACGGAAGAAGACGACUGGCGGUCCAUGGAGGACACACAACAUAACAUAACAUAACUUAACUUAACACAUCGACGAGGACUCGGCCAGGUUUGGAAACAACCACGUAGAACCAACGGCAGUCGUUACACAGGAAGAAGAAAAGAGAAUAGGUCAGAGCGCAACAAUGGAGGAAAGUUCCACUGCCAUGCUGCUCGGGACCGUUCUGGUGCUUCCUGUUUUUGCCUUCGUCACGUCCUUGUGCUUCCGGCCCGGAGUUUUCAUCAACGCUUAUAACUGGUUCUGGCGCCGCAAGCUGGGGCUGACGGUGCGCUACUCGUACAGCGGGAGUUACCGCUUCUGUUACUUCUGUCGCGGCACGGCGGGGGACGCCGGGCCGUCGUUGCUCCUGCUGCAUGGCUUCUCCGCCGCCAAAGACAUGUGGCUGCCCUUCGUCAAGUACCUCCCCAGGGGCCAGCACGUGGUGUGCGUGGACAUGCCGGGACACGAAGGGACGAGUCGCACCGGCGCCGAGGACUACAGCAUUCAGGGCCAGGUUGCCCGAAUCCACCAGUUUGUGCAGAGUGUGGGUCUGGACAAAAGACCAUUCCACCUGGUGGGGACAUCCAUGGGGGGCAAUGUUGCAGGAGUGUACGCCGCCACCUACCCUGCUCAGCUGUCUGGCCUCACCUUGAUGUGCCCGGCAGGCCUGGUCUAUCCCACCGAGUCCGAGUUCAUCAGCCGUCUGAGGGAGCUGGAGAAGAAUCCGCAGCCGGUGUCCAUCCCUCUGAUUCCCUCUACUCACCAGGAACUGGAGGACAUGCUGCGUCUCUGCUGCUACAACCCCCUCAAGCUACCGCGGCAGGUCCUGCGCGGUCUCCUUGACAACAGGCUCCACCAUAACGGUUUUUAUAGAGAAGUGUUCAUGGAGCUGGUCGGUGAAAAGUCUCGUCACUCGCUGCAUGAAAAUCUGCAUUUGAUCACGUCGCCCCUGCAGGUCCUUUGGGGUAAACAAGACCAGGUUCUGGAUGUUUCCGGAGCGUCUGUGCUGCAGGCGGCGGUGCCCAACAGUCAGGUGGUCCUGCUGGAUAACUGCGGCCAUACCAUAGCGUUGGAGCGGCCCAGACUGGCCGCCAAGCUCGUCAUGGACUUCCUGUCUGUACAGGAAGCCAACAGCAAAGACGCUAAAAAACAUUCCUGAUGUUCUUCACUGGAGAUUGACCCUUUUAGAAAAAAGUUUAUUAUAUUUGCUAUAAAUGAUGAUUGAUUGAUUGAAACUUGUAUUAGUAGAUUGCACAGUACAGUACAUAUUCCGUACAAUUGCACUAAAUGGUAACCCCAAUAAGUUUUUCAACUUGUUUAAGUCGGGGUCCACGUUAAUCAAUUCAUGGUAGAAAGCAUGUGAAAGUGAUGUUUUGUUUUCAAAUAGCAAAAAAAACAUUUCAAUUUAAUUUGUGUUUGUUUUUCUUUUCUGUUAGUUUUAAAAUCAAUGACUGAAAUUGUCCACUGUUCAUUUUUAUUGAAGCACUUCAGUUACAGACGCACAUAUUAAUUUGUGUUAUGACUUGUAAAAUAAAUUUUAUGAUGAGAAAAAAAAUAAUGUUUUGAAUGUAAAAUAAAUUUUAUGAUGA